GGAGCCCCUGCCUGCACAAUGGUUUACAUUCUGGCUCACCGAGAAUAUUUGGCGAACAGUGAAUGGACAAAGCCCUACAUCUUGAGCUUGAUCUUGGUCGCUAUCCGCUUUUUAAUGUUCGGGCUCUCCGUUUUUGGCUCCCUACUCGUAUGGGUGCAUGUUUUGAAGGUGCAAGCACGAUAUAUACGUGCUCUCAUACGCCUUGAAAUUCCACCCGAGCAGAACACCAAGGAUGAGAGUUCGGUGCCUCAAGAAUUUCCAGCAUCUGCUCCUCUGGCAUCUACUCCUCCAGCCUCUGUCCCAGCGACAAAUUCUCAAAAGCCAGCUCUACAAUUCCCUAUGCCACCUACUAUUAGUAGACCUGUUCUUGAGAAGCUUGCUCAGACAGCUGCUUUUCAACAGACUGGCCCAAAGACUCCCCCGGAGAGUCGCUGGGAAACCCUUCCUCAACGGCCCCAACUGGAGAGUUUUGAUCAGAAGCGUGCCAAGAAUAUUCCCAAAAGGCACAUCCCAACUCCUGUCUUUCCUCUCAAAGCUCCCGGAAUCGAUUGCACUCACCCAGUGACAACUGCUCAACAGCCUACCUCUACAACGAGUCAGCAGGGUUCCCAAACAACACCUCCUCACCUUUCAUACAAUUCCUUGACAGGAAAUGCACCGCCGUCCUGUACGGAUUCUACCACAAACCGCGCAAACGAUAUCAGCGUUCGCGAUGAAGCUUUUAAUGCAUUAUUUAGACAGUUCAAGGCAUCCGCCAAGUCUCGUCAAGAUCAAGGGGCUUUCAACACCACGCCUGCUUCCAGCCCCACAGGACGGGUACCAGUAGGACAAGCUUUUGAGGAAAAUGCCUGGAAGCCCUCAGGGUUUCCUGCUCAAUCUGCAGACUGGGAACACGUCUACCACGAAGAGGGAGAGUCGGGUUCUCAAUAAGUAGCAUGGAAAACAGUUUGAAGGAUGUGUGCUUUCUAUAGACAAACGGAUGAUAAUAGAAAUUUAAUGCUUUUGACCUAUCUUAUACUGUUGUACGUGUGUCCCACCAUCAAAGCAAGCCUCCAAGCUUGUGGAAGUCGCUAGACAAGCCCCGUUGGCUCAGUGGUAAAGCGUAUCACUAGUAAUGAUAAGAUCACUGGUUCGAUUCCAGUACGGGGCAAGCGAGACAAUCUUUUGCUGU